AUGCAUCGUGAUCUCGCUGCUAGAAAUUGUCUUAUCGGUUCCAACGAUAUAUGCAAGAUCAGCGAUUUUGGAUUGUCAUUACUGGGACACUCUCACAAAGAGAAAACGCUGGUCAAAGUACCGAUCAGAUGGCUAGCACCAGAAGUAUUGACGAAAGGUAUGUAUUCACACAAAAGUGAUGUGUGGAGCUGUGGAGUACUAAUGUUUGAAGUUUUUUCUAACGGAGAAACACCUUACAAGGACAUUUCGAAGUUGCACGAUGUGCGAAAGAAGGUCGUUUUCAACGGACUCCGACUUAGACCGCCGCCAGAUAUGCCAGCAGAAGAAUCUGCCAUCAUGAUGAGCUGCUUUGAAGACGAUCCAGUUGCUAGGCCCUCUUUCGAUGACUUGAAAAGGAUGUGCGUUUAA